UUCAUUACACUUUUGUUGAGUAUGUUGAGCAUAUGUUGUUCUGUCACGAUCUGUGUCGUCAUGGCAACUAAAUUGGGGAGAUAAUGGAAAAAAUUGUAAAUACUAAUCUAACAUUGCCAGCCGUGCUUAUCAUUUUACUUUGUGCAGAAUUCCGGCAUACAGAUAUGGUCAAUGGGUCCAAUUAUUUUUGUAAACGUCGCUUAGAUGAGCUGUGUGAAAGCUUAAGCCAAGCCGAAUCUUGCCACACUGUGCCGUACUGUAUCCAUUGUAAGUGGAAUACGGCCAUCAUACCGACCACGGACAAGUGCCAAAUAUGCCAGGACGAAAUUACUGAGGGGAGACAAAAUGAGACUGACUCGUUCUAUAUCUUCGAGCACGCCUGUGAGCUCCACGGACGGAAGGAGGAUGUCGAGAAGUGUAUCCAGCUUGUACAUUAUCUUAACCAGACCCUGAUACAUGACUUUCAAAGUCACUAGUUUCGACACCUGCGCACUGCUUGCCCUCUGUCACGCCCAGUUUGAGGUCAGCGUGACAAACAUGGAUGCAAUUCCACCAUCUAAGAAACAUGUUAGUCGAUUUAUUCCCGAGGAACCGGUCGCCAUGGCGAAAGGAGGAGGUGGUCGUGGUGGUGGGGGUGGUCGUUCGUGUAAUCGUGGACGAGUGGGAUCGGGAGGAUCGUCAUACUCGAGACCUUCAGCGCCGGCCUUUAAAAAAAUAUCCGUCCCUGGAGGAUAUUUUUAAUUUAUGCAAUUAUUUUAAUUAAUUUUUGGAAUGUAACGUACCUAUUUGGGUUGGUGUAAAAUUGGACUAAAAAUGCAUAUUUUUCUCAUCAUCGUAUCUGCUUAAAAUGGAUGAAUAAGUUACAGCAGAAAUUUUAUGUAUUCGCAGAGCUUAAAGACAUUUUUUGUAACAAAUAAAUCUUACAACGUUACUGAGGAGGGGAGCUUCACCACUUGCCACUCACAGAA